AAAUUUCCACCUACAAUGAAAUUCUCAAUUUCAAGACUCAGUGACUCAGCUGAGUCACAUACGAGUUAACUCGUCUCUUUCUCCGUCUCCCUUUCUUUCUCUCACACCAAACCCUUUUCUCUUUUACCUGCGCAUUUUCUCUAUUUUUGCUCUUUUUUUCCAAUUGUGCCCUUUUUAGUCUUUUCUCAUAUUUCUCUUCUUCUCCAAAAAAUAUCAAACGGCCCACUCUUUUCCACGUCACCAUCGUCUUCUUCAUCAUCCUUCGCCCUCCUGUCAUCAUCUUCCUUCUUCUCUUUAUCCCUUUCCUUUUUUUUUUUAUAUAUAUAAUUAUAAUAAUGAUUUUUGUAAUUCUUAUUUAGGGUUCCCUUCUUUACCCAAAUUACAUAUUAUAUGUCUCAAGUUUCUUCUUUCGCCGCUCUCCAAUUUCGUCGUCAAAGUUGAAUUCUUCGCUAGAAAAGGGUUUUGAAUUGGAAAUUGGUUGCCUUGGAAAAGUUUUGAACUUUUUGGUGAUUCCUUGGUUUCUAGUUAUUGGGUAAGAUAUUAAUUUCGUUAUGGCCAUUGAGAAGAACAGUUUCAAAGAGUCUAGGUUUGAUCCAGAGUUUUCUCCCAAUAGUAGGGAGAGUAUGUCUAGUGAUGAUGAUGAUGAGGUUCAGCGUCGGGGAGCCGUCUCGGCUGCUGAAUCUGAUGAUGUUGAUAUUGGUGAGGAGGAUGAGGAUGAUGAUGAUGAUGAUGAAUUUGAUGACGCGGAUUCAGGAGCGGGAUCUGAUGAUUUUGAUUUGUUAGAAUUAGGUGAAACUGGGGCUGAGUUUUGUCGAAUUGGGAAUUUAACUUGUAGUGUUCCUUUUGAAUUAUAUGAUCUUUCGGGUUUGGAGGAUAUAUUGUCUGUUGAUGUUUGGAAUGAUGUUUUAACUGAAGAUGAAAGAUUUAGUCUCACUAAGUAUUUGCCGGAUUUGGAUCAGUACACAUUCAUGCGAACCCUUAAAGAGCUAUUUGAGGGUCAGAAUUUUCAUUUUGGCAGUCCAAUUAAGAAAUUGUUUGAGAUGUUAAAAGGUGGAUUAUGUGAGCCAAGAGUUGCUCUUUAUAGGGAGGGUUUGAAUUUCUUUCAGAAGCGGCAGCAUUACCAUCUCUUGAGGAAGCAUCAGAAUAAUAUGGUUACUAAUUUAUGUCAGAUAAGGGAUGCUUGGUUUAAUUGUAGGGGAUAUAGUAUUGAAGAGAAGCUUAGAGUCUUGAAUAUAAUGAAGAGUGAAAAGAGCUUGAUGUAUGAGAAGAUUGAGGAAGAUCUGGAGAGUGAUUCAUCGGAGAAAGAGGAAUUAGAUGAUGGGUUAUGGAGCAAAAAGGUUAAGGUCCUCAAGGAUAGGAAAAGUGCACUGAAAUUGGGCCGUACUUCUGCUUAUGAGGUUGGUGCAAAUUUGGAAUUUUCUUCACGAAUGCCUUCUCUAAAUUUGGAAGCUGCAAAGUAUGGGAAACCGAAUCCGAAGGGUAUACUGAAGUUGGCUGGGUCAAAAACAUUGUCAUCAAAGGAGAUGGGUGGUCGAUUACCUUCUGUUUAUCAAGGUUUAGAGACAAAUUCUAGGCCCUAUGGUUUUCCAGUGCCAAAUUCUCGUCAGAAGGCAAUGGCAUAUGACCCAGGUGCAGCACUCAGGCUAAGGGAUCAGAUGAGAACUGAUGACGACAACGAUGAUAAUGCUGAAGAGACAAUAUAUGGUAUGGGAUUGGGUGUCCAACGAGACCGAAGUAUGACAUAUAGUGGUCUGAUGGAAAAAUCUGGGGUUUCGAGAUCAGGAAAGAAGCAUGACAUGAGAAUUCAGGAACUAGGCACUGACAGUUUGGUGGGCUUUCCUUUCUCUUCAAAGAAUGAUUUACAUGCUUAUGGGAGGAACAGGAAUGUAAAUCAGCUGUCAGAAGUGAAACGGUCCACAGCUAAGCCACCUAAUUUUCGAACUUCCCAUGAGUUUGGCAAGAAGGCAAAGUAUCCUGGAAACAUUCAUCAAUUUGCUGUUGGAGAUCAGAUGAAGUCACUGAAAGGCCGAACACCGCAGCUAACUCUGAAGAGUAAUCAGGUUGACUUGUCAGAACAUGGUGAUCCAAUUUGGCAUGGCAAGAACCAAGGACUUGCUUUCCCUGUGGAUUCCUCUCUGAUUUCUGAUGAUUGGACUGUGCGAAGCAAGAAGUGGAAGGCAGGGAGGGAGUCCCCAGAUCUCAAUUUUAAAACUUGUGCAUCCUCCUCUCCUCAGGCGAGUGAUAGAAUUCUGCUGUCUGAAUUGAGAGCAAAACCGGUACGGGAGAAGAUCAGAGCAAAUCUAAUGCAGAAUGGAGGACCAGAUAAAGGAGCAAAGAAAUCGAACAGGUUAUAUGCGAAAAAUGAAGAUACAGAAUCAGAUUCGUCUGAACAUUUUGAAGAUGAUGAUGAGGGUGUCAAUCCUUUGAUGAGAAGCAAGACAACUUAUCUCAGUGAUAUGAUGGAGGGCUCUCGUUCAUUGUUGUUGAAGUCUGGCCUUGAUGCUAAAAAGGGCAGAUUUGCCAAGAAAGAUGUGACUACAGUGGCUUUUGAUGGAAUAACAGAUUUCUCCAAGAAGGUGGCUGGCUUUAAUGAGCUUGGAGACAUACCAGAAUACUCAUUAAAAGCAAAACAGAAGGGAAAGAUGCGUGAUAGCAGUCCAUUGCAUAGCUCUGGCAUUAGAGUUGUGGAGAACAGCUUUCCCCUUGUUUUGGGUAAAGCUAAAGAUGAUAAUGACAGGAACAGAAGUCGCAAAUUAGGCAAGAACGGGCAGUUGCGUGAAUCUGGGGAAAGUUUAUACAUGACCUCAGUGAAGGCCUAUCCUUCUGAUGGAAAGCAGAAAAGAGAAGUCAGCCAUGAUUAUGCUAUUGAUGAGGAGGAUGAUUCACUUGAAACACGUCUAUUAGCAGAUGAAAAUGCACUGAGUAGAUUUGGGAAGAAAGGACAGGACAGUGAAGUAUACGUGCAUAAUCGACGUGACAGAUCUGAUGCUGCAUUUGUAGGGCUCAGCUCAAUGGCAAAGAAACGGAAAGCAAAUCAGGACUUGACUGAUGUUGAUGGAAGAGAUGGAGGUGGUAAUCUUCCGCAGCAAGUUGAUGACUCUAUUUCAUUGAAGAGAAAGGGAAAAAGGAAAGUGGAGGCUGACACUGGCACUUUAGAUAUGGAAACUUCUGAAGCGCCCGUUUUAGAAAUCACAACAGUAGACAUGGAUGUGGAAAUCAAACCACAAAAAAAGCCAUAUACACCAAUUACGCCUACUGUUCAUACUGGCUUCUCAUUUUCCAUUAUACAUCUUCUUUCAGCGAUUCGCCUGGCGAUGAUCAGUCCUCUUCCAGAAGAUUCCUUAGAAGUUGGGAAAUCUAGUGAACAGCAGAAUGGAAAUCACGAAGGUGACACAAAUGGGAUUGUUUCUCAUGAGAGUGCUGAUGCCAAUAAAUCAGAGCAUGCAGUGCAGGUGAAUGUACCUUCUCUCACUGUACAAGAGAUUGUUAACCGUGUGAGAUCAAACCCUGGGGAUCCUUGUAUUCUUGAGACACAAGAGCCACUCCAGGAUCUGGUUAGAGGAGUGCUCAAGAUAUUUUCAUCGAAAACGGCACCUUUAGGAGCAAAGGGUUGGAAGGCCCUGGUGGUGUAUGAAAAAUCUACAAAGAGUUGGUCUUGGAUUGGUCCUGUUUCUCAUACUUCAACAGAUCAUGAGACUAUGGAGGAGGUAACAUCUCCUGAGUAUUGGGGCCUUCCUCAUAAAAUGCUUGUCAAGCUAGUUGAUUCAUUUGCUAAUUGGCUGAAAAGUGGUCAAGAGACUCUUCAACAAAUUGGAAGUCUUCCAGCACCACCUGUGUCAUUGAUGCAAUGCAACCUGGAUGAGAAAGAAAGGUUCAGGGACUUGAGAGCUCAGAAGAGUCUCAACACUAUUAGCCCAAGUUCUGAAGAAGUAAGGGAUUAUUUCCGCAAGGAAGAAGUUCUGAGGUAUUCCAUUCCAGACAGAGCCUUCUCAUACACAGCUGCUGAUGGCAAAAAGUCAAUUGUUGCUCCCUUGAGAAGGUGUGGUGGUAAGCCAACAUCAAAAGCCCGAGACCAUUUCAUGCUGAAGCGUGAUCGGCCACCUCAUGUUACAAUUCUUUGUCUUGUGAGAGAUGCAGCUGCCAGGUUACCUGGAAGUAUCGGCACUAGAGCAGAUGUUUGUACCUUAAUAAGGGACUCUCAGUAUAUUGUCGAAGAUGUAUCUGAUGCUCAAGUGAAUCAAGUUGUUAGUGGAGCCUUGGACCGUUUACAUUAUGAACGUGAUCCUUGUGUACAAUUUGAUGGGGAAAGGAAAUUGUGGGUAUACUUGCAUAGGGAGAGAGAAGAAGAAGAUUUUGAAGAUGAUGGCACGUCAUCUACCAAGAAAUGGAAGAGACAGAAAAAGGAUCCAGCAGACCAACCCAACCAAGGAGUUGUAACUGUGGCUUUUCAUGCGAAUGAUCAGUCUGGAUUUGCGAAUGAUCAGCCUGGACUUGAGUUGGGCUCUGACCUCAAUGUGGAGCCAUCAGUCAUUGAUGAUGAUAAAAGAAUAGAUCCUGUGGGUAAUGAUGUGAAACAAAGCAUGGAAGACAAUGCUGAGACCAGUCAUGUGUCAGACCUAGGAGACAUGCAUCAAGGUCAUCCAAUGGUUUGGGAUGCCCUUAGUAUAAAUCCAAUACGAGAGAGUAGAUUGUUGUGUCAAGAAAAUUCCACUAAUGAAGAUUUUGAUGAUGAAACGUUCUCGAGAGAGAGACCAGUUGGACUAUUAAGUGCAAGCUUAUCAUGAAGAGAUCAUCCAGGCUUAGGGUUCAAAUAUGUUAGAAUGCGAUGAUCAUUCCUCCUGAAGGUGUGUGCCUUACAUAAGAUGGUUAAAUGUAAAUUGAUUCUAGUGCACAAUGUAGAAUAGCAAGAGAUCUCUGUUGAGGCUCAAGAAUAUGUUCAUUACAGGUGGAUAUAUCUAUAUGGUUCUGCAUCUCAUAAUUCUUUUUUUUUUUUCUUCUUUCUUUUUUUUUUUUUCCUUUCUUUUCAUAUUUAUCCAUAUCAUUUUGAAAUAGAAUUCAUUGUUUCUCUUGAGUGAGUUGGCAGUUUUGGCAUUUUUAUGUAGGCAUGGAAUGAUAAAACCUUAGCCCUCUGUACAUAUGGUUUAGAUAAAGGUAAAUUUAACAGCAAUUACUAUUA